ACAGCAGCAACGGAAAAGCACACUUCUAUCACGGUCGUAUGAUACGUUGACCCGCAGAAGGUAGUUCGAAUUCCUGCUUCGGUAUCAUUCUGUAAAAUAGAAAACGCGCUAGAAUCCUGCCAUGGCAAAACCGAACGACCUCCGCGCCCUCAUCGAGCUCUCGAAAACUACGCAAACGCUCCUCCCGCACUACCAGUCCUCCCUCGCGCCUUCGGCCGCAAAUGCCACGUCUUCAGAGCCUCAGGCUUUCUCGACCGACCUGCCAAACCCGCUCGAUGUGGUAAAAGCUUGCACCACGCUGCUGAAAUCGCACACGACGACGCUCUCGCUCCUCCUCAUCACGCCGCCGCUCACGCCGUCAGCAUUAAUAACGAAGAUUGGAGAUGUCAGCUCUGGUGUGUUGAGUGGUAUGGUGGCCGCGGCUGCAUCUACGCCACGAUCAGGACAGAGGGAUGAGCUGGGAAGCUUGAUGCGUGGUGAGCUUAGGGCGCAGGUGCGGAGGGUAAUUGGCACAUGGGGCGAGGUUUUGUCUCUGGUCCUGCGCUUCGCUGAGCGGAGGCAAAGUUUACAGGGAAAUGGAAGUGCAAAGGGAAAGACGAAGGAUGAGGGCCCUACUGAGAGCGAGAAACAAGACGUGCUCGCAGCUACCGGCAUGGUGUGGGAAGCGUGCGACGCGCUGCUCAAGCUAUGCGGUGACGGCGUCGCUGGCUUGGUGGUCAAGAAGGCGGAAGAGUGGAGAAGCGUACUACUAGACGCGCUGGAAGAGUUGAAGGAGUGGGGUGAGGAUGUGGAAGAUAGCGAUGACGAGGCGAAGGGCAGCGACGCGGAAGAUGGCGGAUUCGGGGAUGAGGAUGACAUAUUCGGAGCUGCGAACAAAAUAGGCAAGGGAGAUAAGGAGUUGAAGGCGCUGCUGGAUACCAGUGUCAACAAGCUGAAGAAGAUGGGCAUGCUCUACCAGGCGUUGAGCAAGAGGAGGCUGAAGACGUUUCCUGGUACUUCACCAGGAGCUACGGCGCCCACUGCUGCCAACGGCGAGACUGGCGGAGGGCAUCCAGAUCCAAUGACGAAGCUGGACGGCCUUAUGGUUUCACUGAGAGCAAUACCGGAAAGCGUCGAUGACCUGGCAAGCGCUUUCUAUGAUCUGGACGAAGAAGAAGCGAGGCAGACGCUAGACAGAUGCUGUGGAGAAGCCAAGAGCGCCAUUGCGUUGGUCAAGCAGAGCUGGGCUGGUAAAGAUGAUGAGUUCACUGCGUGGUCGAGCAAAUGGGUAGAUGCACUGGAUGCGGCAUGAACGUAACUUGAUGGAGCCCCUGCCCUCGAUCGAUCUCGCCAGGAAACAUGUCUUCCUUCAGAUACGAGCCAUGCGCCGCGCUCGUGCAUCAUGUACCUCGCCUAUCGUAUCUAGGGCGGAAACAACGUGGAGAAGGCGGCGCCAUUACCGUAUCUGGUUCGGUCCGAAGC